CGUCGGACUAGUCGCGUCGCGACCGCGCGAUGGUACGCACGUUUCGCGUGUGCGCGUGCACUGAAGACAGUAAAACCGCAGCAAAAUUGUACAUAAUGUAGUGUCCGGUUAUCGUUGUCUUCUCUCCUUCUCUCCGUUCCGGUGAAGAACGACGACGCAACACGACGUCGCGACGUUAACACGCGCUCCGAAAGACACUGUCCUUUUUUUCUUUAUUUAUUUUUCGUUAAAAUUCGCGAAACCACUGUAGCCGAUUAUACGGUUCAGUGCUUCAACAGGUCACCUGCGUGCUGUGCGACAUAGUGACGAUCCCCGAGAAGUUAUCACUGUGGCUACACACCGCACCCGUCUUCUCUUCUUCGUCGGCUGCGUCGCCUCGGAUUACAUCAUGACAAACUCGACUCCACCGAAGGCAGCGUGAUGCCGAGAGAAUCCUGUCGGGGGUUGCUGUUGACCCUGGUGUCGAUAUUCGUCGGCCUGUGUGAGACCACCGGCACGACAUCCGGCGCGCAGCAUCCGAUCUGCAAGCCCGGCUUGGAGUUCUGGUCUACGGAUCGCGUCUCUUGCUGGCCAUGCACGCGAUGCGCUCCCGAGUUCACGUUAAGCCCGUGCACAGUGCACAAAGACGCGAUAUGCGGUCCGCUGUCGGCGCUGGAGCUCGACUGGUCCUUCUUGUCGACCAAAAAGAGGCCGGAAGCUGGACAACGUCGCCUCGAGGCAGUCACUUCGAAGAUGCUCUGGCAGUUGCCCGAGUCGACGGAGGAACGGCAAGAGCAACUUCGCGAAGAAACCGGUGAUCUCGUCGGUCUCAGUCGCGAGGACAACGGUGUCCUGGACGACGAGGAACCGGUCUCCGCUUCGCAAGAGUCGAAGGUGGCACAUGAUCCUCGGGAGAGGAGAAAAUCAACCGGCGUGGACAAUCUCCCGUGGGAUUGGCAGACCGGCGCUUUGGUCCUCGCGGUGUGCGCCUGCAUAGUAUUCUUUCUGGUAGCAGGAUGUUCGGCUCUCGUCUACGCGAGACAGUGGCGGCGUAUGAAGAGGAAUUUCGAGCCAGCGGGUCUAGAGGAGAUCUCGGCCAGGUUGAACCUGAUGGUAAAGGCGGAGUUAGCCGAGCUGGUCGCAGGGGCGCCGAUGAAUCCAGGUGAUCCUGAGACCAGAUGUCAGUAUCUCGAGAAGCUUUUAGACCGGAAACGAGAGACUCCGGUGGUGGCGGCGGCGGCGGCUAGCUGGCCAGUGGAGGCGGGCGGCAACUUGUACAUCGAGGAGGGGGGCACGCCGAGGAGUAAACGAUCGCAGAUCGCGCGGAUUCAGCGUAACAUCGAGACCAUUCUCACUCACAAGACGAACGGCGCCGAUUGACCGCGCAACGAUCCCUUCGGCUCUUCAGGAGAUUCCCUCUGGACUCGCGUGUCGGCCUGGGGCCACCGUGUUUUUUUCGUAGCGCAAUUAGAAUUAGCGCGUUGCGUUCAAUUCGGUCGACAACGACGUGUUCCGCGAGAGUUCCUUUUGAAUUCUCAGUGUGAACAAUCGGGAGUUUUGUAUCUCACGUGCUCAACGUGAUUUUCGAUUCGUUCUCAUACGACAAGAUUUGUAAACAUUUAUUUCGAUUCUUCCGUUGUAAUAAGCGAACGGCUUUUGACACCGACAUGUCAAUAUCUGGAUGGAAAAUAUACUGUCAAUUAAAGGGUUCCACUAAUUUUCGGCGAGGAAAAAGUUGCAACACUUAAGGUCACUGACUCUGCUCGUAAUCAUUUGGUUUACACGUACUUGCUUUCUUUGUGUAGUAUAUUGUACAAUAUAUUGACGUGACAAAUCUUUUAAAAAACUUCAACGUUGCAAACGUCGAAGUUGCAGCGCGAGCUAAGCUAAAGCUGAAUAUAUUUGAAGAAGGCGCGAAUUAUUACGAAUUAUCCAAAGUGCCAUAACUUUCUCUUUAUCACUAAUUAGACUUUCUCCCUGUAGAAUAUUCCGUCCAGAUAUUCGUAUGUCGAUGGUUUUUGAACUCGGUAACACACAACUUCAUGGAAUAAAUCUCUAUUCAGCGCGUUGGAAAGCCGAACUGCGAGACAUAGUGGACGUUUUCUAUUUUGUAAUUCGAUAUUGUUAAACGUACAGUAGUGUAGUUUGUUGCGACAACCGCGGGUAAUCAAGUGCUUGCACUUAGGAUCAGAUGCACCAACGUUGCUCAGUGCUAACCGUGCAUAUACACACACACGCGCACACACACACAACAUAUACAACUGAAAAAUUUCCACACGAUAAUGUCGCGUAGUAAAUUUCCACACGGAUCGGUUGAGAAGAAGUUACAAAUAAUUCGGAUUGCAUAGGAUUAGAUUUUUUCGCGCGCGCGCAUGCGGAAUUUAAUUUUUUAUCUAUUACAAUAUUUAUAAUUUAUAUAAUUCGAUUUUUCUUUCAUAGCCGUGAAAUCAUCUCUGAUUUCCUCUUGUAAUUAAUAAGAUGUCGAUUAUUAUCGAUGGUGCUAUAAUACUUGGGUAACUAUAUCCAGCAAAACUAAUUAGGGAAGUUUACUGGAAUCAGUUAUCCGGCGAAUCGUUGGUGUAAAGCGUCUUCUACAAUGGCAGUAGGAGUAGUAGUAAGAAAUAAGCAGUAAGCAAAUUGACCAAUUCCAUUCUCACGUUUCAAAAAUAACCGAUUGUGAUUGGUCUAUUUACUUACUGCUUAUUUCUUACUACUACUCCUACUGCCAUUGUAGAAGACGCUUAAUAGAGCCCGAUUUACUUUAGCGCGUAAGACCGCGACAAUACGACGCACAGCGAACAAAUUGAGUUUGUUCGCUGUUGCGUUGCAUUCAAAUGGAAUCUAGGAUUUUCGCUCUUUGACGAAUUAAUGAUGACUCGUCGUGACUCGCGGGAGAAAAGCAAACUCGCAAGGAGACAUUUCUCUGCCGUGUCCCAGAGCUCGAGCGCGUCUCGAGCGACGAGCGACGCGUGUCCAGGAAAUUCUAUUUAUUUCUCCCUUUUUUUCCCUUGGUAGCUUUAACACGACGAAUAUUGUAAUAUAAAACGCUUCUGUAUUCAUAUACACAUGGUACGCGAAUAAUAAAAUAAGACUUCGAUAUUAUACUCAUA